AGGAGACCAUGUUGCCAGACGUCACUUCCGUGCGCGGCCGUCGACGUCAGUGUCAGGCGCGCACAGCGGCGGUGCGGUUUUCUAUUAAAGUUAAAUCUCGGUUGGCUUUUGCGAGCUAUGGAGAGUGACUUUUAUCUGCGUUACUACGUGGGUCACAAGGGCAAGUUCGGCCACGAGUUUCUGGAGUUUGAGUUCCGACCCGACGGGAAAUUGAGAUAUGCCAACAACAGCAAUUACAAAAAUGAUGUCAUGAUCAGAAAAGAGGCCUAUGUACAUAAAAGUGUGAUGGAAGAACUGAAGAGAAUAAUCGAUGACAGUGAAAUCACCAAAGAGGAUGAUGCCUUGUGGCCUCCUCCUGACCGAGUUGGCCGGCAGGAGCUUGAAAUCGUCAUUGGAGAUGAACACAUUUCUUUCACAACCUCAAAAAUCGGUUCCCUUAUUGAUGUGAAUCAGUCCAAGGAUCCAGAAGGCUUACGAGUAUUUUAUUAUCUUGUCCAGGACCUGAAGUGUUUGGUCUUCAGUCUUAUUGGAUUACACUUCAAGAUUAAGCCAAUCUAGAUUGAAUAUUGGUGUGGACCUGAGGGGGUUGGGGGGAGUUGUUUUUAAUUCCCAUUAUCAGGAAAUUUUUGUGUAUAUCAGGGCAAUAUUUUUUAUAAACUAUAAAUGAUUGUCUUUAAUAAAUAUGUGAUAAAACCUAAUUUUAUUAUUUUGUAAAGACUCGAACAAGUG